AUGUGGCUCCUCUCGUACGUCGCCGGUGACGGAGAUCUCCUCGAAGGCAAACGCCGCUGGCUACGACCAGGAACUGGCCAUCUCUUCGGCCGCACUUCCAGCAAACCCGCUACCGGCGAACGAUGCGUCUACAUCGGCGACAAGAACAUCUCACGCAGGCACACCACCUUCCGUGUCGCAGCUCCCACCUCGGGAUCCUCGACGCGUCUUCAAGAGCGCACGAGUGUGACGAUCAUUGACGAGAGCAAGAAGGGAACUUUCAUCGACGGGGAGAAGCUGGUGCAAGGCGAGAAAGUGGUCGAUGAAAGUAAAGGCAGCCAUCUGAUCAAGCUUGGGGAUACGGAACAUAUGUUGAAGCUCGAAUGGAAAGAGGUGGUACUAUGCUUCACCAACAUCUCCCGAGGCGCGAAGAAGUCGGGCUCUGCACUUGCUGAAGAGAAGCAGAAGUUGGACGGCUGCGAUAUCAAGCUGGCUACGGAUUACAUCACGAAUAAGACGACGCAUGUGGUUGCGAAGAAGAGGAAUACUUCGUCCGGGCUUCAGGCUCUGGUGCAGGGCAGAUGGGUUGUGACGAGUAGCUGGAUCGACGCGCUGGCUGAGGUGGUCAAGAGGAAGGGACCGGAGGAGACGAGUUUGCUCGAAGAGGAUUUUGAUGGUGAGUGGCCGAAGGAGACGGACUUCAUUGUACCUGCGAGUGGUGAGCCCAAUCCAAGGCCCAAUGAUUACCUGAAGCCGGACCCGGAGAGGGCGGAGGUGUUUUCCGGAUACAUUUUCGUCUUCUUGAGUCAGACACAGUACGAGUCUCUGUUCCCCGUUGUUGCUGGAGGCGGUGGAAAGGCUGUUCAUAUGGACUUCCAAUUGGGACAGACGACAGCGGACGAUGUCAUCGACCUUGUGAAGUCGCUUUUGGGAAAGAAGGGGAGCGGGCAAGUCCUACUCAGCCAAGAGCCUGGCCCUGGCGGUAUCGUCAUCGUCCGUAUUGUGGAGAAGGAGGAUAACCGCGAGGGCAUGAGGCCUUUGAUGGAGGAGCUGGCAAUCGCCCUGAAUCAGAGGACGAUCGAACAGAGCGAGUUACUGGACGCCAUUCUCACAAAGAACGCUGCUGUUCUGCGUCGGCCUUUGCGAGAUGUUUCACAAAGUCUCAGACCAGAGCAAAGCCAGUCACGCGAUGCGCAAGUCACCUCUUCGAGCUUCCCGAGACCUCCCAGGGAGACUCCCGUUGAAGUAAGAGAUUCUCCUCCUGCCGACCCUCAGUCUGCUCCUCGUACAGGCCGAGACUCUGCAGAGAUGCAGUCGGAACAGCAACAGCAGCAAGCAGAGCAGCCACCUGCUGAAGAGGCACCCCCCACAAGGAGACGGAACCGUCGCAUGAUUACAAAACCGCGCAAGAUUGACUUUGACGACUGGGAUCCCAGCCAAUUCGCAGCACCUGAGUCGAGCGUACAAGAGCCUGCGGCGUCAUAUCAAGAUCCAAGCCAAGCAGACAGCAUGCAGGCCAUGGACGUGGAUGAAGCACCCGCCGAGGCAACUCAGAGACAAACACAAACCCAGAAGCGACGUGCCGAAAAGCAGCUUGUGAAGGAAGAAGAGAUUGAUGAGAAGCUGUAUCCAGGCAUGGCCGCCAUGAAGCGCCGCAAGACCGAGGCUCUGAAGAGAGGGAAGACGUCCAAUCAGCCGACCCCUGAACCAGAGGCAUCCGCUGUCGCUGGCAAAGCUGCUAAGGGCAAGGAUGGAAAGGUCAAGAAGGACAAGGAGGAAGAUAUCAAAACAAGGAUCAAGAAGCGCCGCGAAGAGGAAGAAGAGGCCCGACGUAAAGACGAAGAGGCGCUCGAAGAAGCCAUGACCGCUGACCUGGCUAACAUGAAGGUCGAGCAUGUCAUCGAGCCAUUCGACCCGCCUGCAGCUCCGGCCGCAACCCAAACGCAAUUGACAAGCCAGAAUCCCGCCUGGAACGGCCGCCCCAACUUCAAGAAAUUCCGCAGCAACAAGCGACUUCGCAACGGCGACGAGCUGGACCGACCAGACACGCAGCGCGUCAUCAUCUCCCUGCAAGAACUCCCCAACAAGUCCCAAGGCCUCGGCGACGACUACUGGCUCGAAACAGGCCGCGACCACGAACGCCGGCAGGGCGCCAACAGCAACAAAUCGCAACAAAGCAAAUCCCAAUCCCAACGCUCCUCCCACGCCGCGGGCCCCUCGUCGGCCAGACAAGCCGGCGCAGCGGGUUUCGGCGGCGGCGACGAGGACGAAGACGACAACAUGGCUUUCCGCCGCCGUCUCCAGCGCAGUCGCGAGGAAGAUCGCGAGGAGGCGGUCAUUGAGAACCAGCUGAAUCCUAAGAGUACUUCGGGGAGCACGCAGACGCAGGGACGGACGCAGAGGGGUGGGAAUAAGCGGAGUGCCAUGGAGGAGGUGUUUGGGGAGAAGCCGCCGCCGGCGAAGAAGGCGAGGGCGGCGAGUGGGAAAGCGGCGGUGCAGAGGAAGAGGACGGCGGCGGCGUUGGAUUUGGAGGAGGAAGAUGAGGAUGGGGAUGAGGAUCCGAUGGCUUUUAGGCGGAAGAGGCGGUGA